AUGCGCGAGUACAAAAUCGUUGUCCUUGGAAGUGGUGGUGUUGGAAAAUCUGCAUUAACUGUACAAUUUGUUCAAGGGAUUUUUGUUGAGAAAUAUGACCCUACGAUAGAAGACAGUUACAGGAAGCAAGUUGAAGUGGACGGACAACAGUGUAUGCUAGAAAUUCUGGACACCGCUGGCACAGAACAAUUCACUGCUAUGCGUGAUCUCUAUAUGAAGAAUGGGCAAGGAUUUGUGCUUGUUUACUCGAUUACGGCUCAAUCAACAUUUAAUGAUUUGAUGGACCUUCGAGAUCAAAUACUGCGAGUGAAAGAUACUGAUGAGGUACCAAUGAUACUUGUUGGGAACAAGUGUGAUCUUGAGGAUGAACGCGUCGUUGGCAAGGACCAGGGUCAAAAUCUGGCUCGGCAGUUCGGCUCAGCUUUCCUGGAAACAUCAGCGAAAGCUAAAAUCAACGUUAACGAGGUAUUCUACGACUUGAUAAGACAGAUCAACCGUCGUUAUCCAGAAAGCGGUAAACGACAAGGACAGGGCUCGAAGAAGUGCUGCAAAUGCACUGUUAUGUGA